AUGGAGCUUUAUGCAGAGUCAUUGGCACGUUUUCAAGGAGGAUCUCCUUAUAUCUAUCCACUUUAUGGUUUGGGUGAACUCCCACAGGUUAGAUUUGAUCGUCUUAGUGUUGUUGAUGGUGGAACUUACAUGCUUCACAAGCCCAAGGUAGAAUGCGACGGUGAUGGGAAAGCAUACGGCGUGACAUAUGAAGGGGAAACUGCUAAAGGCAAGAAAAUUGUAUGCGACCCUUCGUAUUUUCCUGACAAGGUUCUGAAAGUCGGAAGAGUCGCGCGUGAAAUUUUCAUAGUGAGUCAUCCUAUUUCAAACACCAGUGAUUCUCACUCAGUUCAAGUUAUUCUGCCUCAGAAGCAACUUGGGCGUAAAUCAGAUAUGUACCUCUUCUGUUUCUCGUAUGCGCACAAUGUUGCACCAAAAGGAAAAUACAUUGUUUUUGUAUCAACUGAAGCAGAAACUGACCAUCCCGAGACACAACUGCAGCCUGGAAUCGAACUACUUGGACCUGUUGAUGAAACAUUUUUUGACAUUUAUGAAAAAUAUGAACCCAUUAAUAAGGACAUAGAUGACAACUGCUACCUUUUACGGAGUUAUGAUGCAACGACACACUUUGAGUCUACGGUCACUGAAGUGAUUGCAAUGUACAGUCGAAUAACAGGGAAGGAACUUGAUCUUACAGUAGACCUAAGUGCUGCAAAUGUUGCUUCUAAUGAAUGA